GGUGGACCUGCUUCAUGUCCUUUUACACAUUUCUCUAAAAUACUGUAAAUAAAUACUCUAAAAGCUGCAGUUGGCAGACUUUUAUUCCUUUAUAUAAGUUACUAGCUACUGUAUAAUUUACAACAGAAUGGGACCUUCUGACAGCUUUUCUCCAUUUCAUACAGAAAAGAGAACCAUUCCUGCUAACACCUAUAAUUCUAGUGAAUACUUGACAAUGAAGGGCAAGAGUGACUUCCAGCUUCCCUCUGAGCUAUCCGAGGAGGAAGACAAUAUGUAUGAGACUGUAAAUUCUUCAGUGCUGGAGGCCAUUCAUUCUUUGAGAAUCCUUCCUGCCAAACCUCUACAAGAAUCUGAAUAUGCAGAUACUCGGUGCUUAAGGCCUUCAGGUACCACUUCCCCAACGAGUGAGAGCCCAUCUCAGCCCCCUCCACACUCAGCUAUUCACACAUUUGAUCCGGAGGGGAGAACAGUGCCAAAUGUAAGAGGAGGAAGAAUGAAAAUACAUGGAUACCAGGAGCCUACACCUCCCCCACGGCCUCCAAAGAUGCUGCCAAAGCAGUAUCAGCCCCUUCCUCCAGAGCCAAGAAUAAGCAGCCCAGCCUUACACAAGAGGAACACGCUCAGCCGAGAUCCCACUUUUCCAAUGUCAGCAAAAGUCACAAGACAUUCAUCUGUUAGGGAAUCAAAUACAGCACCUGGAAGAGAGCAAGUUACAAGUUUGGGGAAGAAACUUGAAGUACCUUUUCAAGCACAACAGCAUCCUCCUGAAGCCAGUCCUCAAUGCACACGGAGCUCUAAAAACAUUUGCAGAUCAGGUUCCACAUUAAGUGUAGAUAAUUUGACAGUGAAGAAGCCACCACCUCCUACGUCAUACACAGCAUGCAAAAAUAAAUCAAAACAUUUGCUUGUUGAACAGGAAAUGCAAUCUCUUACCAAACCCACUGAAAAGGAUUUACACAAAUGUGAGUGGUAUGUUGGAGAAUAUGAUCGCCACAAAGCAGAGAAAGUCCUGUUACAGAAAAACACUGAUGAGACAUUCUUGGUUAGAGAUUGUUCAAAGAAAUCAAAGGCUGAACCAUACGUUUUGGUGGUUUAUUAUGGAAGAAGAGUGUACAACAUUAAAGUCCGAUUUCUGGAAGAAAGCCAACAAUAUGCCUUGGGAACAGGGCUCCGAGGAGAGUGUAAAUUUAAUUCUGUGGAAGAGAUCAUUGACUUCUACAGAUCCGUUCCCAUAACGCUCAUUGACGGAAAGGAUCAGUCAGGAAACCACAGAGAACAAUGCUACCUCAAACAUCCAUUCAAGGCCUGUUGAUAUGGACAGUGCUGCCUCACACAUCCAUUCAAGGCCUGCUGAUAUGGACAGUGCUGCCUCACACAUCCAGUCAAGGCCUGCUGAUAUGGACAGUGCUGCCUCACACAUCCAGUCAAGGCUGGCUGAUAUGGACAGUGCUGCCUCACACAUCCAGUCAAGGCCUGCUGAUAUGGACAGUGCUGUCCUCACACAUCCAGUCAAGGCUGGCUGAUAUGGACAGUGCUGCCUCACACAUCCAGUCAAGGCCUGCUGAUAUGGACAGUGCUGCCUCACACAUCCAGUCAAGGCCUGCUGAUAUGGACAGUGCUGCCUCACACAUCCAGUCAAGGCCUGCUGACCUGUGCUGCCUCACUGUCGCUGAUUCAUCUGUACAGAUAUAAAUAGAACACUUCUUGAAACGUCUCAAAAAUCAGAUUGGCCUCUUGAGCAAGGAGCUCCCAAUAAUAUAAUGAAGCAUUCUACACAUCUACUCCAUUUUUUGAUUGUUGCAUUUUCACUCUGAGGAUACAAAUAAAGAAUAUGUUAACAUAUUAAUUCAUAGGAAGGCGUUGAGACCGACUCCUGAUAUCUUGACAAUGACUGACCAAUUUGCUUAUCUUGCACUCUAUCUUCUAACUUCAAAUGAAAAUGAAAUUUGCCCUUGCUUACCUAAAUGUCACUUAAACUCUGCCAAGUAGCAAAACUUACUAAAAGUAUACCGUCAUUAAAUAAUAUUCUUGCUUUUAAAAAUACACAUGAAACACUGCAUGUCACAGUCUAACAGUUAAGACAGUUCUCACUGUCUAACAAUUUCAUGUGGUGUGCAUAUGUUUGCUCAACAACAAGCUGUGCUCAGCUGCCACUGAAGUUAGUGUCAGUUGAUGCUUAUAGGUACUGGAGAUUUUAAAGCUAGCUGUAAUUGUGUAAAUUCUACUAUUCAGUGAGCACUUACUCUUUAGCUUAAGUAGCAGAUACUUGUAUGCCAUACCUGAGCCUUCAAAUGCUUCCAUGGCAGGACCAUUAUGCAAAGUCACUGAAUUCAUACCAUAUGCAAAUGUAGAGAUAAAAAUCUUAAGUAGAAAAAGUAGAUGCACGUCAAAAUCAGCAAGAAAACGUGCUCUACUGUGUAUGAGCAGAGAACCUGAGAAUGUGAUUAUUCUUCCAGAAAAAAACCACAGAAAUAUUUAUUCAUACAAUUUGAGUUUUGGAAGCCUAACUAAAUUCUAUAUGUAUAUGAAGGCAAACUACAAUUCCAUAUGUACAUGAAGGGAUAUUUCUGCACAGCACUGAUAACCUUCCUAACCACACUAGCAGUCUGACUAGGUUAUUAUAAUAUACCAAAAAAGGUAUAUUACAAUAACCUAGUUACUUUAGAACCUCAGUUACUUUAUCCUUAUAGAACAGGAACAAGAAGAACAAAACCACUCAAGCCCAAAACUACAACAUUCCAACCCAAUUUAUGACGUACUAUGUAGUGGUACAAACUACCUAUAAAAAAAUUCAGCAGUUGACUGUUAUUUUCUUUCAACCUUUUUAUUUCUCAAUGCUGAGUCAAAAGGGAAGAAAACAUCCACUGUAAAUUAUUUCUCUCAAACUGAUGACACUGUUAAACUUGAAGGAAAUUAUUCUGACAUAAUUUUAUCUAAUAAAAGUAACAAAACAGAAGCUGCUAAAAUAGAGUUCAGCAGAGUUCAUAACAAAAAGCAUGACAUAAUCUGCUUUAAGAAUUUUAAACCACAAUACAAUUUAACUUACAAAAAGUUUUCAUGUUGAAACAAAAAAAAAAAUCUAAAUUAAAAACAUAAAAACCCCAAGGUUUAACAAUUUAGAUAACAGAUUAUGGCAGUGACGUACAGAGCUUCGCAGAUGUUUACUAAAGUAAACAGUAAACUUGCUUACAGAAGACAAGCAUUACUAGUGUACUUAAACCACCCAGAAUCCACAAAGCUGAGCAGCAACACCUUCUCCAUUUCCCCCAGUACAGCUUUCAUGAGCAAUGUUCUGAUUUUGCCAGUGACAACUCUUACAAAGCAAAUUCAAAACUAUUUAUUUGGUAGCUUCUACAGAAACAAAAUUAAUUCAACCAGUAACCUGUAUUGAAGGAAUUAAAACAAAGGAAUGCUAACCAUGGGGUUUUUCAUGUUAACCAUUUCAGUAUUCAUUUUAUAUGUUAUGCUAUAAUUUUAAAAUGGAAACUAUUUUCACCAUUGAAAAUGCAAAUAGCACUGUUAGGUUUGGCAUCAAAGCGUAUGAAGUGGGGGAAAAAAACCCUCUAGUGUACCCAUCUAAAAAAAUAUAAUUCCAUUUGAAUACAAAAUGAGAACUGUCAUUUCCUUAUUAUUGACAAAACAGGAAAAACAAAGUUUGUUCUGUGGAAUAGUUUAGUCUGAUACAAAUGAUACAAAAAUUUUCCAUGUGUACAGGAUGAAAAGAUCUGACUUAAAGCACCAGCUAUCGGAAGGAUUUCAACACUGUAUUGCAGAAUUAUGGGAAAGCAGUAAGUGGCUUUGAAAGUAAACCUCAGUCAGAUGUAGUUUUAAAAUAUUUACAUUCUAAUGUAGAUAUGAUAAAUAUUUUAUCAAAACAAUGUAUAAUCUGCUGGAGUAUAUAAAAAAAUAUUCCCAGCUAAACUGUUUACAAAAAUGCACCAUCAGUGAAAAGAGUUAGGGACUACCAGUUUACCAGAGAAGCCCCAGUUCAAACAUAGAACACACAUCCAGCAUUAGAGUCAGUAUUGAUUUUCAUAUUUUUAAAACUGUAACACAUUAUUUUAAUUGUAAGUAUGUGCUUCGAUAUACUUCAUUCUAAAAUGAUUUAAAAUUGACAAGAUGAAGAGAAACAUCCACAGCUCACAUACAAAAACAGUAACUUCAGUGUCAUCCA